UACCGGUACUUGUGAAUUUGAUAAAUGCAGCUACAAUCGUAUCAAAGUACUAUAAAACAUAAUUUCGACCACUCACUUACGUAUGCAAAUAUAUAGGCCAAUGUCACAUACGACAUUUUGUCAGAGAAUCGAACUUUUUUAACCCCUUGCCUUACAAUAUCGUCUCCCGAAUAUGACGCACGUAAUUGUUAACCAAUGAUCUUGCACGUAGAAAUGCGACGAAUUUGGCUCACAUUUUCAUCACGAUUCAAUUUCGCGUUUAAUUUCAAUUCCUACCCCUCCACCUACCCUUCCACCACCGUAUAGAAAAUGUCCCUAACAUCUGAAUAUUUUUUGUCAGUCUUAAUGUCACAACAAUAAUUAAGUCGCCCUGUCUGACGCAUCCGCUGAGAAAGUCAUAAGUUAAGGGGUUAAAAUGAGCCAAUAUCCUCAAAUCAAUUGCGAAAAGUGCCGGAAGAUGGAUGUAAGGGGUUAGGAGUCCUUCUUAACGAGAGAAAGAAAGUCGAAAUUAAAAUACUGGUUUCAAGAGAGCACUUAUCUGAAUUGAAACAAAAAAGUAAUAAGGAAAAGCAUUAGCUCAUGUACGACACUCAAUUAUUCUGGAGUUAACCUUUAACGGACGACACUUGUUUUUAUAGUAAUUGGUCAUGAGAUGAGAAAUUAUUAGCUAAAUUUAAAUUUGAUAUGUAGUUUUAUUUGAAUUCAUGAAAUUCUUUACAUACAUGUAUUUAUAGUGUGGUAUUCGUGUUAUUUAGGGAAGAAAUGUGAUGUCUUUGUACAGUUUGGUGUUUUGGUGUAGUUUGGGAUUGCUACCCUCCCUCGUUCUUGUGACGUUGGCAAUCACGACGACGACGCUUCAUCACUUUGAUAUUUCAGAUUAUCUCUAUGGAGUGGAUCACGAUUUGCAAGCAAGAGCACGUGCAGGAAUCGAAGCUGAGAGGUUUACGUAUCAAACGAGAGCUAGGUACCAAAAUAGGCCAGAUUCGAGUGACGCUCCAUGUAGAAUCAAACAGGAGAGGCCUUGCCCGCCGAGCAAAUAUCGAACACCUUCCGGUACUUGCAACAAUGUCAGACAUCCCAUUUGGGGAGCGCGUGGUGCACCUUUCUUGAAACUACUGCCACCAGCAUAUUCUGACGGUAUCGCUAGUCCUCGUCAGUCGUUAGGCAACCACGUGCUUCCGACGCCCACGAAAGCGGUGUCAACGAUGAUCAACCACCUCCGUCUCUCUCCGGAGACUCACGAGGGUCUGACGAGCGUAUCCGGCGUGUGGUCCGAGCUGCUCCUGCAGGACAUCGGUUCUGUGGUGCACCCGUCCAACCAGCGCAGCACGUGUUGCUCUGAAGCAACCCAACACCCCGAAUGUUACGAGAUCCGCGACGAAGAGGGAGGCUGCACGGAAUACUGGCGUUCGGUGCCGACGUUGACUGUGUACAACUGCAACUUCGCGACCAGAGAGCAGAUGAACGGUGCCUCUGCUUAUUUGGACGGUUCGCACAUCUACGGGAUAACGGACGAGCAGUUGCACCGAAUCAGGACUUAUAGUCAAGGCAAGGUGGACCUGUCCGUGUGCGAGGUGUGCAACAACACCGAGGACAAGAUUCUGGGCAUGAUGUACGCAGCUCUGUUGAACGAGCAUAAUCGCAUCGCUGGAAAGCUGGCGGAAGCGAACCAGCACUGGGACGACACCAAACUGUUCCUGGAGGCUCGUCGCCUGGUCGUCGCGCAGAUUCAGCACGUCACGCUGAACGAGUACGUGCCCAGCAUUCUGGGGGAAGGUGCCAGAACGGACCCAGAACUGAUGCCGGUCACCAGCGGAUUCUACAAUCAUUACUCCUCCUCGAACGUACCCGGCACGUACGACGCUGUCGCCUUGGCGGCUCUGCGCGCUCUGACGUCGCUUCGUAAACACGGCAUCAAUGAUGCCACGCGACUCGAAGACCACGUGAUCACGUCGGCCAAUCGGGUGAGCUUGGAUCUCGGCGAUUCCGCUUUCGAACCGCGCUUGGAUGUGAACGCGAGGCUCGUACACGUGGGACGAGAUCACGGCAUCCCUGGAUAUGUGCGUUUCGUGGCCGACUGUUCUGGAAACAAUGUCACGAUCCAGAACUUCAAGGACUUGGAACGUUUCAUGCUCCCCGCACACGCGAAGCUGCUGGAAUCCAUAUAUUCCCGAGUGGAAGACAUAGAUCUUCUUCUUGGUGGAAUUUUGGAGAUUCCAUCAAAAGGCGUAGCCGUAGGUCCCACAUUCGAGUGCCUUCUAAGAAAGCAAAUCAUCAAAACGAGGAACUCCGAUCGGUUUUGGUACGAGAACGACAUCCCUCCUUCAGGGUUGAACGCUGCUCAGCUCGCUGAGAUCAGAAAAGUUUCACUGGCUGGUAUCCUGUGCACUAACACGAACAUCCAGAGAAUCCAGCCGAGGGCGUUCAUCCGAACAGAUCCUUACUUGAACGCCAGGAUCAACUGCGACCAGUACAGUCCCCUGGAUCUAACUCCGUGGAGAGAGGAGCCUCUUCCUGAACCGGUGAAGAAAGAAACAUCCAGCGCGCCUGCGACUUCGGAGUUCGUCCCUAACUUGAAUCCCAGCUUGCUGGCCGCAGCUGUGAAGAAGGCAGAAGCGGACUUGAUCCAGAGAAAGCAGCUGGAGUACAAUUCCUGGCUGGAACAGAGGAUAGCCGAUCCCAAAUCGCCCGCAGGCACAGCGGCCAGCUUCUCCAAGGCUAACAGAGACGCUCUUCUACUGGCUAACUCCUCCAUCAUGUACGAAUUGGCGACCAACGAGAUCCUGAACGGCAUCCACGGUCUGAGACGCAGGAAGCGACAAAUCUUUGACACCACGGACAACAUCCUUGGCUUUCCCAACAACGACUUCUCCGAUUUACUACAGAACGUGGACAUAUCCGGGUUCCUGGGUCAGAAGAAGGCAACCAACCACGAAGAAGUCGAGUGUCCCGUAGAUGACAGUCCUUGCGACCCUACGAGUCCGUUCAGAACCCUAUCGGGUCACUGUAAUAAUCUCCGCAACCCUAAUCUGGGGAAGUCGUUGACUACCUUCGCUAGGUUGCUCCCACCCGUGUACGAAGAUGGAGUGUCCAAACCUAGAGGCACGUCGGUAACGGGAGUACCUCUGCCGAAUCCCAGAGUGAUCUCCACGGUGAUCCACCCGGACAUCUCCAACCUCCACAACCGCUACACCCUCAUGGUGAUGCAGUUCGCCCAGUUUCUGGACCACGAUCUGACGAUGACACCCAUCCACAAAGGCUUCGCCGAGUCCAUACCCAGCUGUCGGUCCUGUGAUUCUCCUCGUACCGUCCAUCCCGAGUGUAACCCGUUCCCGGUGCCUCCCGGUGAUCAUUAUUACCCUACUGUGAACGUCUCUUCUGGAGCCCGAAUGUGUUUCCCGUCAAUGAGGUCCCUGCCGGGACAGCAGCACCUGGGACCCCGUGAGCAGAUCAACCAGAACACUGGGUUUCUGGACGCCUCCGUGGUCUACGGCGAGAAUUCUUGCAUCUGCAACGUGCUUCGCGGGUUCAACGGUCGUAUGAACAUCACUCAGAGUCCUCAUCGAGGGGCCAAGGACCUCUUGCCUCAGUCGCCGACCCACCCCGAGUGCAAAGCCAAGUCUGGGUUCUGCUUCAUCGGAGGCGACGGUCGGGCGUCGGAGCAGCCCGCGCUGACCGUUAUGCACACCAUGUGGGUUCGAGAACACAACAGGAUGGUGGAGGGCUUGAGACAGAUCAAUCCCCACUGGGACGGAGAGAAGCUGUUCCAGCAGUCGAGGCGUAUAGUCAGUGCCAUGUUGCAGCACGUCACGUACAAUGAAUUUUUACCUAGAAUCCUUGGCUGGAACGCGGUUACCCUUUACGGGCUGAAGCUUCUGCCUCAGGGUUACUACAAGGAGUACUCGCCUACCUGCAAUCCUAGCGUGCUCACGGAGUUCGCCACUGCGGCGUACAGGAUCGGACACUCCCUUCUGAGACCUCAUUUGCCAAGGAUGGAUCGUAACUAUCAGGGCAUUGAGCCUUCCAUAUUGCUGAGGGACGGGUUCUUUGACCCUGACAUGUUGUACCAGCAGGGUAUGAUGGACGAGCUGAUACGAGGACUGGUGGCGACACCCAUGGAGACUCUGGACCAGUUCAUAACCGGCGAAGUGACCAACCACCUUUUCGAGAUCAAGGGAAUACCGUACUCCGGAGUGGAUUUAGUGGCACUGAACAUCCACCGUGCCAGAGAUCAUGGAAUACCAUCGUACAACAACUACAGAGCGCUCUGCAACCUGAAGAGGGCCAACACGUUCGAGGAUCUGUCCAGAGAAAUGGCGCCCGAGGUUAUAGCUCGCAUGAAACGCAUCUAUGCCUCCGUGGACGACAUCGACCUGUUCCCUGGUGGAAUGAGCGAGAGGCCUCUUCAGGGUGGACUCGUGGGACCCACGUUUGCUUGCAUAAUAGCCAUACAGUUUCGACAGUUGAGAAAGUGCGACCGCUUCUGGUACGAAACGGAUGAUCCCAAUAUCAGAUUCACCGAACACCAACUGGCGGAGAUUCGCAAGGUUACCUUGUCCAAGAUCAUGUGCGAGAAUAUGGACGAGCAUAACGACAUGCAACGAGCUGCUUUCGAUUUGCCCAGCAAUUUCCUGAACCCGAGGGUUCCGUGCAGCUCGAUGCCACAUAUGGACCUGUCUGCGUGGAGGGAAACGAGGCAUGGGUGCCAGAUUGGAGGGAGGAAUGUUGCUUUAGGGGAGUCUGGCUUCCCUACACCUUGCACUAGCUGUGUUUGCACUGCUGAGGGCACCCAGUGCGCUUCUCUGAGGAUCACGGACUGUAACCAGCUUCUGCGUGAAGCUUCUCGAGAAGCGAUUUUGCGUGACGACGUAUGCACAGCCCAGUGCGGUUUUGUCUUGGCAGCCACAGAAGCUUCUUCAAGACUUCAGCAAUUCACAACGCCCACCAGCUUCCCUGGUUUCGUGCAGCACAGAAACAGUUUAAGAAGCGUCCCGACGCCGGUUUCGUUCAACGGCUUCAAAUUGCCGGAUCUGUCGCAGUUCGUCGGCUGAAUGAACUAGGCGUCUUCGUACAACUCGAUGCUUAUUAACUAUCUAAACGCAAGACUCGUGUCUUCCUUCGUGAAACUACACAAUGACAGUGACACUUAACGAGCUGCGCUCAUUACGAAUGAACUGUACAGAAAUGUAAAUCGAGAUAUUAUGUUUGUACAAUAUAUGUUUUGCGUGUGCCCACUCGUACUACACAUUUGAAAUAACGAAACGGUGAGAGGUCAAGUGUACUCGUUAACUUAAAGUAACGCGUUAACAAUCGUGCGUAUCAUAUUCGAGUUUGCCUGAAAUUGUCUCAAGUAUACUGAAGUCUCGCUACAAGAAUCUGACUAGGUCUAUGAGACAAGUAAAAAUUGUGGAAAUGACCACAUAAAUGAUUUACCGCCAAAAGUUUGUAAAUUUAUAAUGAAAGAAAUCUAUUUUAAUUUUUAAAUCACAUUUUCACAUUCGAAAAUUAAAUAAUUUCUAAGUUUAGAAUUUUUUAAUAUAAAACUUUGUAAAUUCUAAAUUCUGAAAUUCAUGUAGCGUGACUGCAUUGUACAUCAUCAUUUUGUUUCACAACAAAUACCUCUCAUCCUUUACUUGUUACGUUUAGUGCUAUUUACUUAAAUAGAUUGUAAGAAAUAUUUAAUUUACGAAAAAGUGUCAAGAGGUCAGUACGUAUCUUCGCAUAAAAGCUGUCAUUGCCAGUUUGAAGGAAAUAUUUUGUACAGUGAUCUCGUGGUACAAAGAGGACUUCAUGUUAUAACGUUGUUGAAAAAAAGGAUGAAUAUUGCGAUAAAUGAAUGAAUGAUAUAUGUGUCUUAAGGAACUGUACUGGUAUCAUACCAGGCAAGAUAUUUUUAUACUUGUAUAGUAAUUGUAAUGCGACAAUAACAAAUGGGAACUCAAAAUUUCA